UUGUAUGGAAUUUUGGGUUGUAAACUGUUUUUUAGCAAGUGCAGCAUUCGUAAGUUUUCAAUCUUAAAAUAUAGUUCAUAUUGUUCUUAGUUGUUGAUGCUAAUAAACCAUAUUAUCCCUAUGCCUUUGCUUCUAAAAAAACUGAUGAUGGGUAUACAAUUGAUCAAAAAGCGAGUGCGACUUCUUGUAUUGUAGCUUCUAGUGUAAUAGUUCUACUAUUGAUUUAAGCUUUAUCUUUUGAUUGCAAUAGGAUUAUUAUUUUGGAAAAUGAAUAGAGAUUAAAGAAUAAAAGAAAGUUAACAAUAUCCUCGUUUUGCUGCUGCUUAAGGAUAUGAUUAAUAACAAUAUUCAUAAAGAGGACGUUCAAUUGAAUUGUGAU